GGAGCAACCCAGUAUUUGUCCAACUCGGUGGCAGCAGCAUCCUGCCCCACAGCUCAUUACCAUACCGGUCCCCAAUCCAGCCAGCAGUUUUUCACAGAAUCAGAAAAAGGCCCCUCCUCUUCUUCUGGGACCCUUAGAAACAAGAAAACGUAACUAUCAUAACAGACUACUUCAUUUUCCUUUUCAUUCUUUCAUCAUCAUCAUCAUCAUCAUCAUCAUCAACAACAACAACAACAACAUUUAUAUAAUGCUUAAAGAUUUGCCAAGCACUAUAUAACUAGUAACUCAUCUGAUCUUCAUGACAACCCUGGAAGAAGAAGUUAGCGGUAUACAGCAAGAUGCAGGAGUCUCUGGAAAUGACCCUUCCCAGCAAACAAGAGGAGGAUGAGGAGGAGGAGGAGGAGGAUGAGGAGGAGGAGGAGGAGAAAGACCAGCCUGCCGAGAUGGAGUACCUUAACUCUCGAUGUGUCCUUUUCACUUAUUUCCAGGGAGACAUUGGUUCAGUAGUGGAUGAACACUUCUCAAGAGCUUUGGGCCAAGCCAGCAGCUUCCAUACAGAAUCUGCCAUUUCAAAAAACAAGAUGGGGCUAACCCCUCUAUGGAGAGACAGCUCAACUCUUUCAAGCCAGAGGAGUAGUUUCCCGACUUCAUUUUGGACCAGCUCUUACCAACCCCCACCUCGGCCCUGUUUAAGUGGAGUUCACCCUGACUUCUCAGUCACUGCACCAGGCACCUUUGCAGCAGCUGAUCCUGGUCCCUGGCCAGGACACAAUUUGCAUCAGACUGCCCCUCCCCCUCCCCCUCCUGUGUCAGAGUCCUGGCACUAUCCACUGACAUCUCAGGUGAGCCCAUCAUACACACACAUGCAUGAUGUGUACGUGCAUCACCAUCAUCCCCAUCCACACAUGCACCACCGCCACCAUCACCACCCUUCUGCCAGCUCCCAUUUGGAUCCUCGGUAUGGUUCUUUGCUGAUGCCUUCAGUUCGUACAACUAGGAUUCCUGCUCCUCAGUGUGACAUCACAAAGACAGAUCCUACUACUGUCACCACUGCUACCUCAGCAUGGGCUGGAGCCUUUCAUGGAACAGUGGACAUUGUACCAAGUUUUGGGUUUGAUUCAGGUCUGCAGCACCAGGACAAGAGCAAGGAGUCUCCUUGGUUCUGAAACACACAAUAGUAUCAAGUAAAUCUGGAUUCAGAACCCCAGGACAACUGGCAUGGAGCUGUCGCCAGUGUUUCUUUAUUUCUGCAUGAGGACAAGAUACAUAUUCAUUGAAGGAGAAGAUGAAAAAUCAGACAUUUUGGUUUUGUUUUGGAGCCUUUUCUUGAGAAGGCUUAAUGGGACCUAGAACACUGAAAAAAGAAGUCUUUAUUUGUUUGUUUGAUUCUUCCCUUACCUGAGCCUGUGCAACUCUCCUCCUCUUUGCUCUUUUCAACAGCAUGAUUUAUUUUCCAUUUAAUUUUGAUUUUUUUGUUCCUUUUAAACAAAUCACCUUAUUUGUCAGGAAAAGGCCAAGCCACAAUGGCAAUGCUCAUCCUUUCAGGAAUACAAUUUUGUAGCUCUCUGUGCAUCUAUUUUUGUAGAAAUACAGAAAGUGUGGUUUAGCAUUGAUGGGCUAUUUUAGAGGGAUGUAUUUUUUUUAAAAAAAUUGUAAAAAUUGUUAAGUUCUGUUUAAAGAACUUGCUCUCAGAGAAGCACUGGCAACAAUAUAUAAAAAUGCUUACUUGUAGAUAUCUGUGAUGUGAUAUGUCUCUGUGUUUUUCAGGUUACCUCAAGUGUUUGAUACUUUUCCUUUUAAAGAUGGUAGCACAUUGCCAAACCAGUCUGGUAUUGUUUUCACGUGAUAGCGCUUUGAAGGGUUGAAACUUUCAACUCUUGUCCUAGCUUGUACAGCUAUUAGGUGCAUAUGUGGUUUCAAAGGAAAGUUCUUCAAUGCUCAUGGUAGAGCGGAAAAUGAAUAUUUCAUUUCUUUGGCAUCAUCUGAAGAGUUUGCCUGUAGUAUCAUAAUUAUAUUCCCAGCUCAUCCAGCAUGCAUAAAUGUAUCCAGAAUUCAUAUGGGCACACUAGAGAAUUGGUAACCCAUUAGUUCCAGUGAAUCAGGUCCAUUGUUUCAAAUUAUCUAUUCUUGGUAGCAUAAAGUCCCAUUGUUUUAAGUGGAUUUUUUUUUCCUGGUGAGAGAUUUGGAGAGGGAAUAUGCAAGUUUUGUAAUAAGCAAGGUGCUGUGCAAAUCACAAAACUAUGAGCUUAAUAUUUCAUAAGUACUCCAAAUUUUCUUUUCUUUUUUCUUUUUUUCUCCCUCAAACAUCUGAAACCAAGAGAUUGCUGUGGCACAGUAGAUGGAAAGCUUGCCUUAGAAUCCAGAAACCUGGGUUCAAUUCUCACAUACUGUCUCUGGGACCAGUUAAGUCCCUUAACCCCUCAUUGUUCUAAGGAGUUUUCUAAAACUCAAUUUUUGAAGAAAAGUUUCCGACUUGCAUUUGUGGAGGGAUUGUCUUCACUCUGGAGUCCCUAUGUCAGUGAAAUCACAGGUCCGGUUCCUAUCCGUGCCAUUUAAAGGGAAUACAUAUAUUCUGUAAUAUUUCUAGCAUAAAUUUUGCAGUUCUUGAAGUGUACUGUUUUUCUUUUUAAGUGAACAUUUCUAAGGCAAACCUAUGGGUAUGAUUAGAUCCAAGGAAGAAUUUGAUUUGGGUUAUUAAUCAGGAUCAUUUGGAAUGUGUUAAUAAACUGAAAAAUUAUGGAUUCUGAAGGGAAAGACAGAUCAAAUCAGAUGAAAUUUCAUGUUUAUGGUAUUGAUUUGUAUAGAAUGUGGACUGACAUUGAGAAUCAAUGAACAGAGUGAUGUCUUUAGAGUUUGCAAAAGAAAAAUAGGCAUUAGUAUUUCUUAUUGUCUUCAGUGGUUAAAAAUAUGACUUGUUACUUUCUAUGGUACUUCCAGAGAUGAGCAAAAUUCAAAAAUUAGCUCCAAGAACUUCUGAGUUUUGUUUGCUGGGAUGAUUUCUCAUUUUCCCUUCCGUUAUGAAAUUCAAAGUAUAAUAAAUUACCACUUUAAAGCUUAAA